UACAAUGCAUGCUAAUGUUUUUCUCCAACUGCGUCUUGACACUUUGCUUCUUAGCUCUCAAGAUCUAAGUGCCAGGUCGUCUACAGGCAGAAGACAUGAAAAUAUUUUUGAGUUCAUUGACUCCAGUCUACCUAAUCUUCACCCUGAUUCCUAGUAAAGUGACGUCAGAUACAUCCCUAACACAAACGCCGAGUGAAAUAACCCUAAGAGUCGGUCAGUCUGCUACCAUCACGUGCUCCAUUGAAAAGAAUAUUGACAUCAGAGAAAUGCAGUUUUGGAAGAACAAGGAAAAUCUUCUCAAUUUGACAAUACAGACUAGUGACAUUUCCUCCAAGAUUAGAUUUUCUGGCACCUUUGGUGAAUUCAAAUGGAUUUUAGAUGAUGGAGAACAUACGGAUUCAUAUAUAUGUACUGCCAAGACAGAAAUGAACGCCUUGAAGCUUUCAGAGGGAGUUCAUAAAACAAACCAAAUUGACUGCCCUUCUCCGGAUGAAUCCUCAACCAACGUGAUUCUUAAUAACGGAAGCAAGAAAAUCGCAUCUCUUUCUGUGAUCCCCGGAGAGUACCGCAGUCGAUUAGAUAUCUCUGGUACUAUUUUGUCUCUCACCCUGACGUUGAAGAAUGUGAAUAUAAGUGAUAUUGAUUCAUACCAAUGCAAAGGAAGAGCAAAGAACAUAGCAGAAGACAGCCUACAUGGAAAGCCGACUAUUCUUAACGUGAAAAAUCACGGGAAAAGCAGUCACACUGGCAAUCUGGGAUCGGCGUUUGCCAUGGUAUUGGCAUCAUGGUUAUUUAAAUUGUAAUGGCUUUGAUCUAAAAAGAUCGUAUGACUGAGCCAUAAGAAUGAAUCCAGAACCAGAAAGUAUUAUCAUCUGCUGAUGGUAGUCAUUAUCAUACAUCUGUCCCAUCUUUUCCUGAAAUGUGAAGAAUUUUUUGUUUUUGCCUCCAAAGCAAUUUUCCUUUUAGAUUUUCAUUAAUUUGGCUGUAUGACGCCUUGUAUUUGUAUGUUUUUGCACAGUUUUAGGGUACUUUCACACUAGCGUUUUUCUUUUCCGGCAUAGAGUUCCGUCACAGGGGCUCUAUACCGGAAAAGAACUGAUCAGUUUUAUCCCCAUGCAUUCUGAAUGGAGAGUA